AUGACUUGGAGAAGCCGUUUUGCCCUCGCGACGCGGGGCCUGGGCUCCUCCCUCUCCCCUGGUCUCUCGGCGCCCGCAGCGCAGCCUGCGUUCCCGUCAGCGCCCCAAGAGGGCGGGGGACCCGGGCUCCCCCUCAGCCUGCACCGACCGGCUGAGGGUCCGCUAGGGCUUGAGUGGGGCGGGGCGGCUACGCCCCAAGCCUUCCCGCCCCCGGCCUCUUACCCUGAGGCCUGCUCCGCGGCCCGCGCUCGCCCCGCCAGCCCGGCCUCUGCAGCAGCAACCCCGUCGCCGCCGAAUCUACCUGAGCCUGCGGAGCCGAGAGAGCCCGGGGGCGCUCCGGCCGCCGCCGCCUCUUCGUCUCUAUGGUCGCCCUGCACUUCCUCAUCCGGGGCCCGGACCAGCCAUGCGGACUCGCCCAAGUCCCGCCCCCGCACUGCGCGCGCGCACCCUUGA